CUUUGGCUCUACGACUUCAUAUAAAUACGACUGGUUAGAAGUGUCAGCUAUCAAGCAGUUUCAGAAUUUCGAGGAGUUCAUACAACGUACAUACAUAAGAUGAUCAGCAAAAUUCUUAUUCUGACUUUAGCUGUCCUGGCUAUUGCAACUGCAAUGCCUCCUGUGCAGCAAGGUAGUUCUGAUCACAGUGGUCAUGAUCACAGCGACCAUGAUCAUAGCGGACAUGAUCAUAGCGGACAUGAUCAUAGCGACCAUGAUCAUAGUGGACAUGAUCAUAGUGGACAUGAUCAUAGUGGACAUGAUCAUAGCGCGCAUGAUCAUAGCGCGCAUGAUCACGCCGGUCAUGAUCAUAGUGGACAUGAUCACGCUGGUCAUAAUCAUGGACCUGUUGGUGCAUCCCGUGGAGUUCGCAGUGCUCAAGGAUACGAUCAUGAUCAUAGUGGACAUGAUCAUAGUGCGCAUGAUCACGCUGGUCAUGAUCAUAGUGGACAUGAUCAUAGCGCGCAUGAUCACGCUGGUCAUAAUCAUGGACCUGUUGGUGCAUCCCGUGGAGUUCGCAGUGCUCAAGGAUACGAUCAUGAUCAUAGUGGACAUGAUCAUAGUGCGCAUGAUCACGCUGGUCAUGAUCAUAGUGGACAUGAUCAUAGCGCGCAUGAUCACGCUGGUCAUAAUCAUGGACCUGUUGGUGCAUCCCGUGGUGUUCGCAGUGCUCAAGGAUACGACAACUCGGAAAGGUGUUCUGGAUACCUUGAUGAACAAGCUGAUCGCCAAGGUAGCUACGGAAGAUUCCAAGGACAACAAAGAGUUGUCUCAGCAGUCGGUGGAACCCAACAUGUUCCCCAAGGCGGCCAAGGAGGAUUUAAUGGACCUCAGGGCGGCCCGGGAGGUUUUGGAAUACCACAUGGCGGUCCUAGUGGCCACCAAGGUGGAUACCAACAACAGGGAUAUUAAAAUAAAUGUCAGAAAUUCCAUGUAUGAAUUCACACAAUUUAUACCAUCGCAUUUUUCUAUAGCAUUAAUUAUAUUAUUACUAUUUUUAAUAAAGUAAUAUUGCAACACUU